AUUCUUAGCACAAAUAUGAAAAAGGUUUGUUUAUUUUUGUGGUUUUGUCUAUUCUUAAUAUCUUGUUUUCUAGGAGAAUCCAAAGAAGAAGGCCAUGGAGUAUACAUUGUUUACAUGGGUGCCAAGGGUUCAUCUAAUGAUCACACUCAACUUAUGAGCUCCUUGACAACAAGGAGAAAGAAUGCAGUGGUACACAGCUACAAACACAGUUUCUCAGGAUUCGCAGCACGUUUAUCAGACGAUGAAGCUCAGUCGAUAGCUCAACAUCCCGGAGUAGUAUCUGUUUUUCCAGAUCCAGUAUUUCAACUCCACACGACGCGAUCAUGGGAUUUUCUGAGAGAUCAAUACAAUCUUGUACACAACUUCCCUUACGGUUCUCAUUCAAAUUCAACCUCGAAAGGAGCAGAUACCAUAAUUGGAAUUUUCGACACUGGAAUAUGGCCUGAAUCAGAGAGUUUCAAUGACAAAGGUAUCGGUCCAGUCCCAUCGCGAUGGAAAGGAACUUGCACCAGAGGUUAUGAUUUCAAAUCAUCCAGCUGUAACAGGAAACUGAUUGGAGCAAGGUUUUAUGACGAACCUGGCGAAUUAAAAACACCUUUUGUGGGCACACCUAGGGAUCACGACGGGCAUGGUACUCACGUUGCAGCCAUAGCAGCAGGGAGUCCAGUGGCAGGUGCAUCCUAUUACGGCAUAGCAGGAGGAACAGCCAGGGGCGGGUCUCCAGGGUCGAGGAUUGCAGUGUACCAUACAUGCACGCCUUAUUCUGGAUGCAGUGGAUCAAAAAUUAUGAAAGCAUUUGAUGAUGCUAUUGCAGACGGGGUCGAUAUCAUCAACUUAUCAUUUGGUCAACCAGCUGGAGCAGAGUUUGAGUUCUCCAAAAAUCCUAUUGCCAUCGGAGCCUUCCAUGCUAUACAGAAGGGCAUUUUUGUUGUUGCCUCUGGUGGAAACUAUGGGCCUUCAUCGGAAUCUGUUGUCAAUGUUGCUCCUUGGAUUUUCACAGUUGCUGCAACAACUAUUGACAGAAACAUUGAAACACAUAUUCCCUUGGGUGGAAACAUACUAAUUAAGGGUGGAGGUAUUAGCUUUUCCGAUCUCAAGAAAUCUCCAGUUUAUCCGUUGGCAGACAGUCUAUCGGUCAAAAUAGACUCGGAGUUUGUUUAUGACGGUGAAGCAAGUGACUGUGAACCAGAUACACUAGACGAACACAAAGUCAAGGGAAAAAUUAUUAUCUGUGACCAUCUCGAUGAUGACUAUUCACUCGAACAAAGGCUGGAUGAAGUGAAGAAAAAGGGUGGGAUCGGAUUUAUACUAAGUCUUCCUGAUGAUGAGCUCAUAACAGCACCUAAAAUGGGAUCAUUUCCGGGGGCAGUAGUCACUCAAGGAGACGGCAUAAAGAUUCAUUCUUACAUCAACUCAACAAUGAACCCGGUGGCAACAAUUCUACCAACUAUUGGUGUAGAUAAUUUCAAACCGGCUCCUGUUGUGGCUUUCUUCUCAUCAAGAGGCCCUAAUUAUAACACUCGAAACCUCCUAAAACCGGACAUUGCAGCUCCAGGGACAGCAAUACUUGCAGCUUGGACCGCUAGUAACGACACAGAUGUAACUCGGUUUGGCCAACAACCACCACUAUUUAACAUCGAGUCAGGUACUUCCAUGUCUUGUGCUCAUGUUUCUGCAAUUGUUGCAACACUGAAGUCUCAGAAUCCCUCGUGGAGUCCGUCAGCAAUCAGAUCAGCUAUAAUGACCACAGCUUUUCAGCAAAGCAAUACAAAGAGUCCAAUAGAUCUCAAUGGAGACGCAGAAUUCCUUGCCACGCCAUAUCAUUUUGGUGCAGGAGUAGCAACUCUGUCUGGACCAUUGCAACCAGGUUUGGUUUACGAGACCGAGAUCACAGACUACCUGCAAUUCCUCUGCUCUCAAGGAUACAACACAUCAACAAUAAAACUCAUCUUGAAGAAACUUCCAGCCAACUUUUCAUGCCACGCCAACGCGAGUGAUGAGUUGAUGUCUAACAUGAAUUACCCAUCAAUAGCCGUUACUCUCUCCAAAGUAAGAAAAACAAAGAAAGUUGUCAGAACUCUAACUAGAAUUGGUGAUGAAGAAUCAGAAUAUACAGCAACCAUAACAACACCAGAUGCGUUGAGAGUCGAAGUUCGUCCAAAGAAAUUGAAGUUUACAAGUGACAAGAAGAAACUGAGCUAUCAAGUGACUUUCAAAGCAAUGUCUAGAGAGGAAGACUUUUUUGGAUCAAUUACAUGGUCGAAUGGUAAGUACAAGGUUCGAAGUCCAUUCGUCGCCUCGUUUGGGUAACAUUUUCAUCAAUCUGCUACUUUACUAGUCUAAGAAAAAGGGUGUAUGCAAUGCAUCCAAACAUUGUAUCACCAAUAUGAAUCCUGAAUAAAAGGUUCUCAAUAAAGAUUUCAUGA